AUGAGCAGCUCUGCCGGUCUAGCAUCUUACUCGUCUCUCUUCGCCGCUGGACUCGAUCCCAAUCGCAGUGCCCACUAUGCCCGUCCUGACACAGCGGCCGCUCCUGCCAGCAUGUCGCGGUACAAGGAAUUUCCGAUGAAUAUCGGCCAACGAAGACCUUCUGUUGAUACCGAUUCGUUUUAUUCCAGGCGCUCCUCGCUCCCCGCCUGGAGUCCGACAACGGCUGACAUGCGUCUACGGCGCCAUCCAUCGUCUAGCAAUUCCCAGAACAUUUCUUUUACUCCUUCAGUCCUCUUUCGCUCAGAUACGACCGCCACGAGACGCACAAACUUAAAGUCUUUCUUAUCCCUCGACGCCAAUGACCAAACUCUUUCUAUCAAUCGUGUACAUAACGAUCAGCAAUCCGAUUUUUCUCGUCAAACCCGUGCAAUCUCUGUGGGUAGCUCGGCCUGGCUGGCCUCAUUGCAAUCACCCUUCUAUGCGAGUUUUGCAAAUGCUCCCUUGUCCAUGACAGAUACUCCGUUCGCUACGGACCAAACUACCUCGUCAACUCACUCUGACGCCUAUGCGCCCACACAGCCUGCGCCGCGGCACAAUUCGCGGAUGACGGCGGAACCAGUAUCGCUUGACAUGGUCAAGGCUUCUAUUUCGGACGAGCCACCCCGUUUGGAAGUUCGCCUGGACGCUUCCUCGUCUCGACUCUCCUUCGAUCCGUCCGUUCAGCUCGCAAAGACGCGAGGGUCUGUCCCCUCCAUCGCCCAAUCAAUCCCCGCACGACCAGAGUAUGAGCCACGCGUGCGUUCCUCGGUUCCCAGUGGCUCGGCCAUGUCCUCUCCGCCACCGGUCCCUCAACGCGCCAUUCAUCGCAAUAUCAGCAUCGCGAGCGCUAGCACGUUUAAAUCAAUGACUCCAUCCCAACGAUCCGCAAUCAAACGUUCGCGUAGAAACGAGGCCCUGGCGCGUCUAGAGGGAAAUUACUAUGAUCCCGCUCCACACGUCCAAGCCAAUGGGUCGUUUAUGCCAUUUGGAUCUGACGAAGAGGAAGAAGAAGAAGAGGAUGAUGAAGAGGAAACGGAAAAUGAAGCAACCAGCCCGCGUAGGUUACCAGUCUCUACGCCCACGUCGCCUCCGCCGGCCAUCAAGCCGCCGUCCCCUCUGCGCUAUCGAACACCGGAGCCGCGCAAGUUUGUCGAGGUAGAAAGGCCGGAAGGAUUGCAUCCUAUCGCAGAAGCAUCGUCAAGCAUGAGCCCGUCUACUCGAGCACCCAAGGGAGCUGUUACUUCAUCCGAUCAGGCACCACCCAUCGUCGUGCACCAGUCCAUGUGGCCUUCACUGCAAGGGGCAGAAGAGGAUGAUGACGAUGGGGAUCACCCCUUUUCCACGACGCCUCACCAGCAUCAGACGCCUAGUCGAUUGGCAACCCAGCAGGGACCGUCGCCUCUAUCGAGCAAGAUGAAUCUCUCACAUCAUUCUGCUAUGAACUCGACAUCUUCACUCUCGUCCUUUACGCCAUUUUCCUCUGUUGACAAAAAUCGGUCCCGGAAUCCGUCCAUUGCAGGAAGGGCAAUGUCCCCAUCUCAAGGAUCGAUCCAUUCGCCACAAAUGCGACCAUAUGCCGAAUCAAUGCACACCGUGGAGACGCAAUCAGUUCGUAGCAACGAUGAUGCUUCUGUCGAGAGCUUGUCGAGCGAGGGUGGUCUUGCUAGUGUGUUGGGAACCUCUGACAGGAAACGGCGACCUCAAUCACCUCGUACGCUGGAUUCCCGGAGCCGAACACGAACUACACGACCGCGGCAAGUGCAAAACCUACAUAUCCCGGUCAGCGCAUCGUCACUAGAUGAUCAUGCUGCCGCUGCUGGUAGUGUCGCUGCCAAUGUGCCGCUUUCGAGAAAUAUUCUCAACACGACUGAUGCCUCUUCGAGUGGGUGGAUGUCGAAUGCGACGCUGUCGUCCAUCUCUGUGGCGCAAGCGCCCAGUCCGCAACCCACGAGUCCGUUACCGAUGAAUAGCAAGCAUUCGAAUGAAAAGGGAAGUGGGAAGCGGUCGAGGAAUAAGGAUGUGUCACCGCCGUCGCCCCCGCAUGCCAAAGCCAAGGGAUCCAAGUCGAAGCGAGGGGUGGUCGAGUACGAGAAUUGGUUGGACAUGUCCGGGGACGAAAAGUCGGGCAUUUCAAAGGACGGAUCUACAAAGAAGCGACGAUGGUUGUUUGGCCUCUAG